GUUAUCGAUGUUGGUAUUGUGUAUGUCGGUGUUGGUAAUGUAUGUGGUCGUGGUUGAAAAUGGUUAAUGGCGUUGAAUGAAUUUAUCCUGUAUUCAAAAAUAGUACAUUCGUAGUAAUUGAAGAUGUCAAAUUCAAAAAAUGAAAUCAAAUGGAGUGGUAUAGCGCUACGAAUUUUUAUGAAUACGGUUGCACAUCCUAUGGAAUACGCCAAAGUUUUGAUUCAGAUUGGACACGAACCACUUCCACCAUAUCCCACAACAACACUGUUAGGCAGACGAAUACUUGCUCUGCCAAAUGUCCUCAAAUACUUGGCUUACGUUAAGAAUGUGGAUGGAUUUGUGGGUUGGUACAGAGGCUUGGGCCCAAAACUUUGUGCCAGUACUGUAUAUGGCAUCACAUUUGAGAGAGUACAUGAGGUGAUAAGAAUUAGAGGUGGUAGAACUCCCGAAAUAGAUGAAAACACAACAGAGGAAGAAAGGCAAAAGAUUUUUGUAUAUGACCUCUCUCAGAAUGUUCUGUGUCGCACCGCUGCAAUUAUUGCCAGCCAGCCAUUCAAUGUUAUAACAGUUCGCAUGAUGGCACAGUUUGUUGGAGGUGAAAAUAAGUAUUGUGGAAUAUUUAAUUCGAUAAAAGAAAUUUUCCAUGAAAAUGGAAUUCUGGGUUUCUUCAGUGGACUUGUGCCAAGGAUUGUGGGGGAAAUAUUAUCUUUAAUUAUUGCUUCUUCCCUCACAUUUGUCAUAAAUUACUAUUUUCUGGAGGAUGAAGAGUUGAAGACUUACACUUCAGCAUCCAUGAAUUUCCUUGCUGGCACCAUCACUUACCCAUUCCAAGUGGUGUCGAACUGUAUGGCUGUAAAUGAUUCAGGACUGAUAGCUGGAAUUCCUCCGCAGAUGCCAAUUUACACAUCAUGGACUGAUUGCUGGUCACAUCUGUCACGUACAAACCAGCUUAAGCGUGGCUCCAGCAUUCUAUUUCGUUAUUACACAGGCACACAAAUUGUUAUUCAAGGUCGUCCUAUUGCAGUUAACAAGAAUAACUUCCUACAUAGUAAUUCCUAGAAUUUGACAAUGGAAAGAUAUGUAUGUGUGGACGUGUGUGCGUGGGAGACUUUUCUUUGAUUCUGGUGGUGUCAAUGUGGAUACUUACAGUAUGCAUAAGUAUCUGUAAAUUUGAAUCAGUUUCACAUAACAUGCUAGAAAUAUGUUUGAGAAUAAUUAUGUGAUUAUGGUAUAAGUUGUUUGUGAUUAAAACAAUAUUAUGAAUAAAAAUUCCACUCAAAUUUAGAAUUUGGAUAGAAUAAUGAUCAUAUCUUGUACUCAUAAAUAAUUAGAAUGCUGUAUCAAAAUAGAGUAUGAUUUUUUUUGUGAAUGAAAAUUAUGACUGGUGGAAAGAUGAUUUUGUGCAAUGUUAAAUGCACCAUAUCUUAACUAUUUUAAUUUUUUAUUCUCUUCAGUAAUAUUAUAUGGCGUAUAACAUUUAAAAAAAUGAACAAAUUAUUAGUACAUUGGUUCAUCUGCCUUAUGUAACUACCAUUUCUGCUUAAACACAACAUCAAAUACUUUGUGCAUUAUUUGUGUACUAAAUUAAGACGUAAUUGGUUCAAACUGGAGGAAUAUAAUUACAUGGAAUGCUGUUCACAUAACACAUGCCCUAUUUUAUAUAAUUUAUACACUGUAUCAUAUAAAUGUAUACAGUAUUAAAUGAUUAUCUUAAUGAGAUUUACAGAUUUAA